AUGGUGAAAGUAACUUUACGGGGUCGCCAGCUAGUAGGAGGGCUUUAUGGAGCAGAAAAACGACAAAGCGAGAAAAAUUAUUUUCCACUCCAGAAAUUAAUGAUCAUGAGCUCUUAUUUGAUGGACUCUAACUACAUCGAUCCGAAAUUUCCUCCAUGCGAGGAAUAUUCGCAAAAUAAUUACAUCCCAGACCACAGUCCGGAGUAUUAUAGCCGGGGCAGGGAGCCCAGCUACCAGCACCACCCGGAGCUGUACCCGGUACCGCGACCCUCCUUCCCCGACCGGCCCUUCGGCUGCGGGGGGCUCCAGGCACCCGGGAACCCGGCCACGCUCCAAAGGGGACCGGGGCCAGCUCCAGGAGGGCAGCACCUCUCAGAGAAAGCGCAGCAGCUCUGCGAGCAAGCUGCCUUGUCCUCCUCCUCCUCCACCACUCCUUCCCCAGCCCCUCCAGCCUGCAGCCAGCCAAACCCCGAGCAUCCCACCAGCACAGCAUCCAAACAGCCCAUAGUCUAUCCCUGGAUGAAAAAAAUCCACGUCAGUACUGUGAAUCCCAAUUACAAUGGAGGCGAACCCAAGCGGUCCAGGACAGCCUACACCAGGCAGCAGGUUCUGGAGCUGGAGAAGGAGUUUCACUAUAACAGGUACCUGACCCGGCGGCGGCGCAUCGAGAUCGCCCAUUCGCUUUGCCUCUCCGAGCGCCAGAUCAAAAUCUGGUUUCAGAACAGGCGGAUGAAAUGGAAAAAGGACCACAGGCUGCCCAACACCAAAGUACGGGCAGCGCCGGCAGCGCCCGCAGCCGCCGCAGCCGCCCCGGCCAGCACGGCCGCGGGCGAGGAGCUGCCCUCCGCGGCCGCGCAGGACCCGCGCACGGAGGAUAUCACCAGGUUAUAA